CCUCCCCCUCUCUCCUUCGUUUCUACUGCCGUUUUACACACACUCACACACUGACUCUUCUUCUCUCUCUCUGUGUAAACAUUUAUUACUCGCCACUCCCUACGCCGCCCCCCUCCUCCUCCUCCUCCUCCUCCCGCCGCCGGUGACCCGCCUACUCAUUCAUUUGGCUUCAUUCAUUUCAUAUUGAGCCGGGGGAGUUUGUUUAAAGUUGAACUCCUUUUUUUUUUUCUUUCCUCCACUUGGGUGAUUGAUUUUUCAAUUCGUGUGUAGCGGUUACGAGAGUUCGGCGAAAUCAAGGGGGGAGGUGAAUCAAGGGAUGUUGACUUGUAUAGCUUGUUCAAAGCAGCAGCUUAAUACCGGAUCUCUACCGGACCGGCGAGAUGACGACGAAGAACCUGUAUCUACUCCCUCCACUAAACAUGCCAUUAAAACUCUCACUUCUCAGAUUAAGGAUAUGGCGAUAAAGGCUUCAGGUGCCUACAAGAACUGCAAGCCCUGUUCAGGCUCGGCCGACCGCAACAAUCACAACGGCCGUGAUUACGCCGAUUCCGAAGCUGGUUCUCUCUCCGGACGUUACCGCUUCUCCUAUAAAAGAACUGGCAGCUCCAAUUCUACGCCGAGGCAUUGGGGAAGGGAAAUGGAAGCAAGAUUAAAAGCACUAUCCAGUGGGGAAACCACUCCUGCAUCGGUCAGUGGUCGGACGGAAUCGGUUGUGUUCAUGGAAGAAGACGAGCCUAAGGAAUGGGUUGCUCAGGUGGAGCCUGGUGUGUUAAUCACAUUUAUGUCACUUCCUGAAGGGGGUAACGAUCUCAAACGUAUUCGAUUCAGCCGGGAGAUGUUUAACAAAUGGCAAGCUCAAAGUUGGUGGGCAGAGAACUAUGACAAGGUAUUGGAACUAUACAAUGUCCAGAGGUUCAAUCAGCAAGCUGUACCAGCCCCGACUCCCCCAAGAUCUGAAGAAGAGAACUCCAAAAUGGAAACUGUUGCCGAGAGCCCUGCGACACCACCUUUAAGGAAGGAACACUUAUCCCGGAGCUUACAUCGUCCACCUGGUUCAACCCCUUAUUCAUCAGAUUCACUUGAACACCACCGUCCUUUGCAUUCUCCUCACUACUACGACUCAGCGGGGCAUGCUUCAACACCGAAACUUUCCAGCAUCAGUGCAGCAAAAACUGAGACCUCAUCUAUUGAUGCCUCUGCAAGAAGUAGUUUGUCUAGAGACGCUGAUUGCUCUGGAGAGCUAUCGGUUAGUAAUGCUAGUGACAUGGAGACUGAGUGGGUUGAGCAAGAUGAGCCUGGGGUCUACAUAACAAUCAGGGCUUUGCCUGGUGGAGGCAGAGAACUUAGACGAGUACGAUUUAGGUAAGUAUCUUUGUUCUUUUUCGCAAUCUUUGAAUCUUAACCAACGGACAUAUAUGGCUCUGUUACAUGAAAUGUUCUGAAUGUCAUCGUUCAUGUGUUGUUUCAACCUCUAACAAUGUUCUGAAUGUCAUCUUUCAUGUGUUGUCUCAACCUUACGAAUAUGCAAUAUAUCGGUGCAUUUGAUGUUUAUAUUUGCGACUUAGAUCAAAGCGACACGUGGCAAAAAUCUCUCUUGUUCCCCACCUCUAUAUGUUUAAAUGUCUAUUUUGGUAUCGUCUCACCUUCAGCUUAGAGCUGUUGCAAACUCUAGAUCAUUCAGAGACAUUCAGAUUGUGACCUUUUCGUUUCUGCAUGAUUACAUGUCUACUCAUGUUUCGUAUCACCUUGUGCAUUGAGCUGUUACAAACUCUGGAUCAUUGGAAAACAUUACCAUUCACUUUCCUUCCUUGACUUGCAGCCGCGAAAAGUUUGGAGAAAUGCAGGCUAGGGUGUGGUGGGAAGCAAAUAAAGCAAGGAUUCAAGAGCAGUACUUGUGAUGAAGUAGCACCGACCAGCCUCUCUGGAACUCAAGAGUAUGAUAGAGUGUGUGGAUUUAGAAAAGGAUUAGUCUGAUUUUAACAAGAAAUUGGAAAGUUAUUGAUACCAUCAAAUGUAAAUGUGCUGCUACCUUUUUUGGGUAGGGUUUUUGUCGUAGUAGGUGCACACAACACUUGAUUGUUCUUACCCUUCUCAUCUAGAUUCCCGUUUCAUUCACAUUUCCAUAUAGUGAUUUAUUUCAUUGGGGUGGUUUAUUAUUUGCAAAGGUAUACAGUAGUGACUAGACCAAAAUGAAACAGACAGAAUUGAAUCAGACCAACUCAGUUGUAAUUAGCGAUGUUCGGAGUCAUUGCAGACUUGCAGUUGAUACUUCUUAUUUUCCAUCCAGAUUGUUUGUAGUUUGUACUUUCUGCUUUCUACUGGUAGUGCCUUGAAGAAUGAAGAUGCAACAAAAAACAAGGCGUGUCUUGUGAGUUGGAUUGGGGACUCCCCGAGAAUUGACCAGUCAACGUGGGAGUUUCUGUAUGUGUUGU